CCCAGUAGUAGUCACAUGAGAUAAGUCCUAAGAGAGCCUCCAUAACAAAGCCAAGUAAACUGCAGCAACCCACUCAGAAUAACAUAAGAUAAGUGCUCCCACCAUUAUUACUGUAAUUAAAUAGCUAAGCAUACCCAAGGUGUAAAAUACAUAAGUAUACUAAAUUGUUAAGACUGUGGAUACAUGAACAAGAUAUCCUCAAACCAUUGAAUAGCUAUGUAAACAUACCCAAUGUGUAAUAAGUAGCUGUGUACAAGUAUUGUGUACAAGUAUCUAUACUUAAGACUGUGGAUGCAUUGAACGAGCGGAGAGAGUUGGUACCAUCAAAGAUCUUUAAUCCCCAUUCCCGAAUCUCAAGGUCGGGCGUUCAAGUGCUUCUUUGUCUAUCAUUUGUCUAUGUUUUCUGUUUUAAUUUUAUUUUCUGUCCCCUGUGCCCCCCCCCCCCAUUUGUUAUUAUUGACAAUAACCAGUACUGCCCACUUUGAAUUCAGACUAUAACCUAAGUCCUUUAGAUAUAAUAGCAGCAGGGCCACUGCAAAUGUAAGCUCACUUAAUAGGUAUGUCCACCCAACCCAUGGUAUAGAGUAACAAAGCCACUGAUAGGACCCCGUUGAGCAAAAGAAUAAAUUACCAGCACUGAGCACUACAGAAUACAUGUACCCUGCAUACUUUAAAAAAAACACCACAACCACGGUGUACGCCACAUACAGCUUCCAGAACGCCCUCAAAACAUAAACCCAAACCAUUGCCUUACUACCAUAAAAGCAUACAAAACAAAAACCCCAAAAUAAUGAUACACCAAAAUUAAUGAAGAUAGUGAAAUUUACACAUACAAUUAAGAUCCACAAGUACAUUACCACAAUACACAAGCCUGCUCCAUUACAUAAAGAAACAUCACAUGAUAAUCCUAAAAAUAGUCUAUCAAUCUCCUCUCCACCUGGCCUACCUGAAAGAUGACAAGUGAACUAAUGUAAGCUAAAUGCAUGCACACACUUUAAAUACUGAUACAUAUAUAUAUAUAUAUAUAUAUAUAUAAGGUAUACAGUAAGUAAGGUAACAACAGAGAUGGGAUUCCAAAUGAAAAUUCAGAACUGAGCAUUCCGUGUUGAAUAAGAUAGGAUGUGUGGUUGAAAGCCAUCAUCCACCCUAUACCUUUUGUAUACCUUCUAUAAACACACACACACACACACACACACACACACACACACACACGUGACACACACACACACACACACACACACACAGUGACACACUACCAUCUAUUUAAUGCCUGGUGCUAAUUCUAAAAACCAAAAUUAGACUUGUUUUGGCUUACCACCUAGAAAAACCACAUAGACCCAUCCAAGAGCGCAUAAAAGAGAGAGAGCGUGUAACUUAUGCAUCCGCUACACGUACGGGCACUACUAUAAAUAGAACCAUUCUUGAAAUCACUCACUGCUGCAUGUGCAUGGAAUGUAGUCCCACGUGACCAUAGUUCUAUUUAUAGUGGAUUCUGCCCGCACUGUAGGAGACGGAAGUUACACGCUCUCUCUCUUUUAUGCGCUCUUGACCCAUCCCCAUUACCAGAUAGUCCCACCACAAAACCAACUGGCCCAGACAAUACAGCCUGUGUACCUUAUAAAUUAAUAAGUUGAAGUAUUACAGCAGCCAAUAUGAAGUCUAAAAUAAGUUCUAUACUUUAUGUCAGCAUUACCUCAAAUAUGAAAAUAGCUUACAAUCAGCAUGGCCCCAUGAAGUGAAUAGCUUACAAUAAUUAUUCAGUAUACUAGUUGUUCUGAAUGCAACAGAUGAAUGGGGAGGGUUGGUGCACCGUUAAAGACUCUUUAACCCUUUCCCGGCUUUAGACGACAUAUGUCGUCCAGCGGACCGAGAUUUUUCAAAAAUUUGCUGUGCAGGCUGUGUUGGAGCUAUGCGCACACUGUAGGUACCAGCACAUGCACAUUGAGCUGCUCUUUCACGUGGUAUUUUCAACAUCUUGCUUCGAGGUACGCUUUGUGCAGUACUGUCGAAAGAAAAGUGACCGUUUGAUGAUGACUUCAAGAUCUUUGUAGUACAACCUCAGUGGGGCUCUAGAGCUGCUAGACAGUGAGAAUAUCGAUGCUUAUGGCCUUGUAGAGUGAGAGGACAGUGACUGGGAUCGUAGCUAGGUAGGAAGCUACCUCAAGCUAAAAAAUAAAGAGCCUGAGGAGCCUGAAGGAGCUGGACCAAGUUUCUGGAUCUGGUGAAGAACGUUUCCCGGGAAAAGGGCGUCUGCUGAUACGACCUCGCAGAGAAGUUUCGGCAGAUCCUGAUCGAACUAUGUCACCGUGAGAACAUUGAGAACACUUACUUAGUGUCUAUAGUCACUUUGUGCCUUCGUAUAAUAUUGUUUGUGUACAUAAUUGUGAAUGUUUGUAAACAAUCGCUAAUUAGUUGGAGGUGGUCAGUUGCUAGGUAACGAUGAUGAUGUCAUGGUACCCCCGGGGUCUGGGCUACCUGUAGGAAAUAGUUACGAGUGAUUUCAAUGUACGGUUCAUAAGAUAUGGAUUUUUAAAGAAAAACAUGUAUUUAUUCUGUAUUAUUUUGUUUUAAUUAAAGCCGGGAAAGGGUUAACCCAUCAUUCUCGGCAGGCCGAACAUCUGUUUGCUUUUUCUAUACCUGUAUGGUUUUGUGUUGUCUGCUCUCUUUUUUUUUGUUUGUUUCUGGUUUACUGUAGUUCCCUAAAUACAAAUCUCGUCGUAAAUACACCCAUAAGAAUAAUCUAUCAAGCAUUCCGUUUGAGCUAGUAUACGUUGCAGACAACACAAUUCCACCUACAUUUUAUUUUUAUUUUUUUUCAAAACCUCAAACACAUACACACACAGACAGGACAUGGUCAUGGUACACGGUUACCCCACCCCCCAGUGACUUUGAGGGACAGAGCACACUGGGUGGUUGUACAUCGUCUACUAGCAUGUCUACUGUCACGUGUAUAGGACCAGGAUUUGUGGCACUUCCUACUGAAAGACUAGGUGAUGAAGUCUUGGGCUCACAAACUCUUGAUGAUGGUACCUUUGUUGGCCAUGCUUGGGAUCAGACUGUCAGUAUCUCAUUCACUUUUACUACUAUGGUCACUACAUACGUGGAGGGACUCAAUCUCUACUUCUACAACAUUCCCUCGCGAAGAAUUGGACUACCUUACAAUAUCAGAAUAACCUCACCAUCUAGUGACCAUCCAUAUCAACUGGAGGGUAAUGAUGACUUGACCCUGGACGAUAAUGGACAACGAAGUGUCACCCUUAUCCCAGAAUUACUGUCUUUGACUCCUACCAGUGAUACCUUCACAAUUAUAUUCAAAUUUUCAAACACUAAGCAGAUCGACUGGCUUCUCUUGACUGAGGUGGAGAUAUGCAUAUCAGUAUCAGUUGUACCCCUCCCCACUCCUCCUCCCAUCACCUUCACCCCGGACACUGUGGGGACCAUCUCCCCACCCAGCAUCAACUCCUCAUUCAGCCUGACCUGCUCUGUCACUGAGGGACGGUUUGUCUGGACCUGGACUCGGCUUACUGGUGACACCCUAGGCCUCCCUCCAGCACGAGUACUCAAUGCUGGGAGGACUAGUGUUCUGGAGCUAUCACAACUCAGCAGUAAUGAUGCCGGUAUCUACCGAUGUCUGGCCACUCACACAUUCGGCGGAGCAUUUGAAACAACACCGGUGUCAAAUAGCGUUGAUAUCACCCUCUUACUGCCAGGUACUCUACAAGCUGAGAAUGGAAUGAUUCUAGUUACAGCCAGUAAUAACAGUGCAGUGCUGAGGUGCUCUCUCUCUGGCUACCGUCCUUUAAUGGCUGUUCCUUCAAUUACUUGGCGACUAUCUAACAAUGAACUACUAUCCAAUGACUCCGUUAAUACCAUCACGUCCGAGCAAGGAGACAUGUUUAUUCAGAAUGGAGGGGCACAACCUAUACCAAGUUUGAUCAGCACACUGACUGUGAAUCUGACAAGAGACCCACUUACGACUAGCACACGAAUUUAUACUUGUAUCUCGAGCCAAAUGAACAAUGUCACCAUGCAAACAAUUGUCCUGACCACGGAUGCUGUUGUUGUCGUGCCUACCGCACCUCCCAACACUCCUCCCACUACUGCAGGGACUGGAGACAACUCUGGGCUGCUUAUCGAAGCUAUUCUUGGAGUGAUUAUACUUCUUAUGAUUGUGAUUGUUAUCACGCUUAUCAUCGUCAUAAUUGUAAUCAAGAUAGUUAGAGAACACGAAAGCAACUCUAUGGACAUGGAUAGAUGGCUAUGGGACUACUAGGGGUCAUUGUUCAUAAGACAAAGUGAGGCAGCAAAGAAAGAAAUGGGUGUACAGCCAUACAUGCAAAGUAGUGGGUGGACCUCAACCCUGGCUUAGCUCUUG